AUGAAACCCAAUGAUAAGCUCACUCAUGCCAGAGUGCAGAUCCUGCGCCCCUACUGCAGCCCCAACCUGCACCUGAUACCCCCGGGCUGCAGCUCCCUCCACAACCCCUUCAGCUGCUGCUCCCUGGUGGCCCUGUGCAACACCACUGGUGGCUGUGCCACGGGGCAGUACUGGUGCCACCUGCUGGAGACCUGUCUGCCCGUGACCAGCCCCUGUAGCCCAUACGACGCCCAGGCCGGAGGCCCCAACUACCCCCUGCCACCCCGCUACCCUGCUGUGGUGCCCUUCUACCACCUGGUGGCUGACAUACCCCUCAGGUUGCCCCCAACCUCUGAACCUGCCCACAUAAACGCCUCUGUGGUGCUGGCCACCCCAGGGUCCCACGUCCUCAACAUCAGCGCGCUGAACCGCAUCAGUUCUCAGAGCCUCUCGGUGAUGCUGCGGGCUCACCAGCCGGUGUCAGGACUCAGACUGCAGCCACGCGGAGACCAGAGAAUGCUGGUGGAUGUUUCCCAGGUGACAGCAGCGAACCCAGUGAGCUCACAGUCUAUAGUGGUGAAGCUCUCUGUAGAAAUCAUGAGUCGCCUAGCUGAUCCCAGCUUCCAGUCAGUGAAGGAGGUUGCUGCUGUCAACACAAAGCAGCUUUUCACUUUCAAAGUCAAGGUGGACAUCUCCAUUGGUAUCACCUUCUGGUGGGAUUUUGGUGAUAACAGCCCAGGGACCAACCAUUCCUUUCCUCCUCCAUCUGAGACUCAAGGUUCCCAGCUGGAACGUGGAGUGAGGCAGAUCUUCUUGCAGGACUCCACCAGCCACACCUACAAACACCCAGUGGUAGAGAAGUACACAUGGUCCGCAGAGGCCUCAAAUGAUGAGGUCCUGGAGCUGAAUGAAAUAACAACCUCAACAGGAGCCAGCUCUCCAGAUCUAGUGGUCAGACCAGGUGUGUUGCUGAAUGAUCUAAACUACACCUUCACCCUGAACGUAUCCCAGCCUGCCCUGGAGCUCUGGGGGACUGCAAGUAUAACAUUACAGCCCCACCAUCCACCACAUGGAGGGGUGUGCACAUUGACUCCUGAUACAGGCAUUCAUCUCCUGGAGACUGUUGUGACUUACAACUGCUCAGGUUGGGUGGAUGGAGAUGGAGACCCUGCUCAGCUCAGGUACACUUUACAGGUGGAGGUUUGUCCAGACGUUGGCCAGCCUUGCCGCCUUCUCAGCCUGUACAGGGGCACCCAGAACUCCUUUGGGACCCUGGUUCCUCUGGGUUCCCCUGGCCUAGAACGCACCCUGUCUGUCAUUACUGCGCUGGUUCUGGUGGAGGAUGACCUGGGAGUUACUGUGACGGCACUGAACAAAACUUUGACAGUGCAGCUACCUGAGGUCCAGGGCCUCACUGGCUGGCUAAAGAACAAGAGUCAAUCAGAAUUGUGGGCACUGGUCCAGCGGGGAAACCCUCAGGAAGUGGUGCCCUAUUCCAUCGCUCUGACCAGCCACCUCAACCAGGUGGACAGUGGGAGUGAGCAGGACCUACGGGACAGGAUGGUGAUCCGGGAGAACCUGACACAGGCCCUGGCCUCUCUCCCUGUCUCCUCCCUCCAGGAUGCAGCUCAGAUCAGCUCUGCUCUGGCACAGUGCACGGCAGUCCCCGGGGAGCUGGCAUGUGCAGGAUGUCAGGACACAGUUCUGAAGGCCGUGGGGAAGAUGAUUUCUGUGAUCGGGGAUCAGACUGAACCUGGUGAUGUCACUCCCUUAGACACAGGAAGGAAUAUUCUGCAAAUACUAGGCAGCUCAAUGGCUGGGGCCGCAGAGCCCGUGAGCGCAUCUGGGCCGAAAGCCGUCCCCGGUUACCCGGGCAGCUCAGAGGCUGCAGUGUCAGCGUACGGCCAGGCGGGGGAGCUGAUGCGGUCUCUGCUGCGCUCUCGCCUGCGCGGCGAAGAGGCGUUGACCCUGACGGCCCCGCGGAUCCGCGCGGUGGGGCGCCGCAGUGACCCGGGGGACCUGCUGUGCGCCGAGCGCGCGGGCCCCUGCCAGUUCUACAUCCCCCGCGGGCUGAGGGCCCAGCUGCAGCGCGACAGAGAGGAGGUGGUGCAGAUCCUCCUGGGCAUCGACGGCCACGGCCCCCUCCUCCCGCCGGCACGCCCGCCCAUCUCCACCACGCUGGCCGCCAUGGAGUUCUCCACCCCGCAGGGGCGGCCCAUCCCCGUGGCCAACCUGCCCCCCGACCGCGCCAUCAGGGUCCUGCUGCCCAGGCGCCUCCCCUCCGAGACGGCCGCUACCCGCAACCUGACUCUCCCAAAGCGCGGGUCUGUCAACUUCACUGUGGGGCCUGUGGACACGGUGCCCCAUGCUGGCCUCUUCCUCAGCUUCAGCUUCAGCCUGCUUCCUGGAGCAGGCCCACAGAGCAGUGGGCAGGUGAUGAUCAUGGUGGACAGCAGCCCAGGACCCUCUCUCUCCCAGCAUGCACUCCUACAGGAGCUGAACCUGUCUCUCUCUGCUCAGUCUCCUGCAGCGGAGCACACCGUCUUCCUUACGCCACUGCAGAACCGCUCAGGACAGGCGCUGUAUGUGAACGUGAGCAGCACCCUGCAUGGCGGCUCUGUGCAGGCGUCGGUGUGUGUGUUCAGCUCUCUGUGUCAGUACUUCAGCCUGGAGCAGCGGCGCUGGAGCAGCCAGGGCCUCCAGCCUCUGGGGGGCAGCACCCCCCGGGCGGCCCACUGCCUCACCCAGCACCUCACCCUGUUCGGGGCCAGCCUGUUCGUCCACCCCGACGCCCUGGUCCUGCUGCCCCCGCCAGCGGGACCUGUGAGGAACGUGGUGGCGGGAAUCGUGUGCGCUGUACUGCUGCUCAUAUAUCUGCUCAUGGCCCUCAUCUCACACAAACUGGACCACCUGGACAGCACCCGCUCAGCCCUCGUCCCCCUCUGUGGGCAGUCGGGUCGCUACCAGUACCGGGUCCUGGUCAAGACCGGCUGGGCCAGGGGAUCUGGCACCACGGCUAACGUGGGGAUCAGUCUGUACGGCCUGAAUAAGAGCGGCUCACGCCACCUGCAGCGGGAGGGGGCCUUCCAGAGGAACGCGCUGGACGACUUCCAGGUGGAGACCGACGCCAACCUGGGGGAGGUCUGGAAGCUCCGCAUCUGGCACGACAACACCGGUCUGGACCCAGCCUGGUUCCUGCAGCAUGUGGUGGUGUGGGACAGACAGACAGACAACAUGUACUUCUUCCUGGUGGAGGACUGGCUUUCUGUGGAGAAUGAGAGGAAUGAUGGAAUGGUAGAGAAGGAGGUGCUGGCUUCCUGCCCUCAGGACCUGCAGCAGUUCGGUCGGGUCCUCAGGUCCCAGCUGGUGUUUGGCAUGUUUGAGCGCCACCUCUGGGCGUCGGUGUGGGAGCGCCCCUCUCACAGCAGGUUCUCCCGAGCGCAGAGAGUCACCUGCUGUGCCCUCCUGCUGCACCUGUACCUGGCUGUGGGGGCGGUGUGGUACGGGGCAGCCGGGAGCAAAGGAACCAGUAGCCCUGUGUCAGCCCGACUCCUGAUGAAUGCUGAGACCGUUGCCGUGGGGAUGACCAUGGCUGUCCUGGUGUUCCCUCUCCACCUGCUGUUCUGUUUCCUGUUCCGAAUGACAGCAAGCGGCAAGGUGACGACGGAUGAGUCAGCGCCACCGUCCCCAGUGUCUCAGACGGUGGAGAUGGACGUUUACCUGAGCCACUCAGAACAGGCCAGCUCCUACUUCCUAUCCUUGCCCGGGGGAAUGGACUCUAUCCUGGAUGGCGUGUCUCACUCUUCAGAGUCACUGGGAAGCAAGCAAAUAGAUUCAGCACUUUGGAAUGCCUCUAAACUGGGAACGGAGAGCAGAGUGGAUCAGUGGCCUUCCUGCGACAGCAUCUUCGACCUCCCCGAGCUGCAGGGGGCGCCGCCGCUGGGCCACGCCCGGCUGCUGAAGAGGAAGAAGGCUCUGCUCCAGCUGCGUCUGGCCUCCCCAGCCUGCUCCCUCGACCAGCCCCAGUCCCUCUCCCUCGCUGACCAGCCCUUCCCCAUCCCUGAGCCCGUCCACGCUAACGGCCUCCAGCACAACGCCUUAACCCUCUCCGAGGAGGACCUGAUCCAGUCCAUCACCACCGGAGCAGCAGUGGCCAGCAGCACCUCCUCCGGCAGAGUAACCUCGGACAGCGGCCGCUAUUCUCCCUGUGAGACCGCCAUGUCUGAAAGCCAGGAGAGCUCCAGCAGCGGAUGGUCAGAGUUCAGUCAGGGGGAGCCUCCGCACAGCACUGGCCUCUACAAGUCUCCCUCCUCCCUGUCAGUGUUCACCACAGCCAGCACCUUCCUCCCCAGCCCCUCCCCAGACCUCCUGGGCACCUCCUCCACCACCCGAAUAGGUGUAGCCCGCAGCCUCCCAGGCUGGCUCUUUCCCUCCUGGGUCCUGGGUGUGACCUACCUGCUGGCGGGGCUGGUCCUGGGGGCUUGCCUGGCCCUGGUGGGUCUGUACGGAAGCAGCUUCUCCAGCUCUGUGCUCCUCAUGUGGGUGGUGUCAGCUGCCUCAGCCUUCCUGACCUCCGCCCUGCUCCUGGAACCUCUCAAGGUGUGCGUCCAAGCGCUGCUCCUGGCUGCGGUGGUGCGGCCUGUGGACCCGGAGGUGGAGCAGCGUCUGGGGCAGGAGGCCGUGGUGAGGAGGGCGGGUGGGGAGCCGGGGGACAAGGUGCGGCCCCCGUGCGGAUAUGGCCUGCUGCACGCCAAGGAGGAGGCCAGGAAGGUCCGUGCCCUCAGGACGCUCAUGAAGAGCUGUUUGGUGCACAUGCUGUUCUUGCUGGUCGUCCUGCUGGUGAAUUACCAGGACAGCACCCAGGCUGUGCAUGGCAGGCUGCUGCAUUCUGCUGUCAAAAGCUCUCUGCUUACAGCUCCAUCUGGGCGGCUCAACCUCAGCUCUCUGACACGGUGGGCUGACGCCUGGCAGUGGAUGGACAGUACCCUCGUGCCCUACCUCUAUCAGAGCCCCUCCCUACUCCUGUUGGGGUUGCCACGGAUACGGAGAGUACAGUCACAGGAUGGCCGCUGUGGUAAUGUGACGGAUAGCCUGAGAUCAAGGAGCGCCUCGUUUGCACCAGUCAUCCCUGCUUCUUCACACGCGCCAUCUGGAGAGCAGAGAGCCUCGGCACACAGAAGCUCCGGACGCCUCCUCUCCUGGCCGUGGCAGGGACCCCAGGGCACGGGGGCCGGAGGGGGGGCAGACGCGGCGGAUCUGGGGAACAGCAGCCAGCUCACCCGCCAGGUCCUGUCUGGCCUGCAGGACACGCACUGGAUCAAUGCAACGACAGAGGCAGUGUAUGUGGAGUUCACGCAGUACCACAGGGAAACGGCCCUCUUCGUGGCCGUGACUGUCACGGUGGAGCGGUCACGCACCGAUGCAGUGCUCGCCACCGUCUCCAUAGAGCCUUUCCACAUGCCGCCAUCUCACUCCGGCCCUGACUUACAGAUCGCCAUGAUGGUGCUGCUGUUGGUGUUUGCCCUGUGCUUCCUGGGCAGUGAGCUGUGGGCAGUGGUGAGAGAGCAGGGUCGGGGCCUUCGUCAUGGCCGCCAGUGUCUCCAGUUUCUCGUGUGCGUGCUUUCAUUCGCCACCGCAGUGCUGCGGAUUUCCUUCCUCUAUGAGUCUGCCUCCUGCCUCUCUCAUCACGGCUCCCAACCACAGAGCUUCACCAACUUCCACAGCGCCGCCCUGCUGGCCCGGGGGUCCUCUCAGCUCUCGGCUCUCCUGCUCACCGUGCUGGUCCUUAAGAUGGUGGGCGUGCUGCGGUUUGUGCGGCGCUGGGUGGUGUUUGGCCGGGUUCUGCUGCAGGCCUGGAGGGACCUGUGUGGGGUUGUGUUCAUUCUGGUGCUGAUGCUGCUAGUCUUCUCUCACACCGGAAGCCUGCUCUUCUCCAGCUCAGUGGAGGGGUUCAGGACUGUGGGUCAGGCGACUCUUACCCUAGCGUCUGCGCUACGUGGGCGGGCAGUGACCCGCAGGCUGUGUGAGAGACACCCGAUGCUGGGGCCCCUGUACUGCAUGUCUGUGGUGGCCGCGGGGCUGUGGGUGCUGGGCCGGCUGUGCGGGGCCGUGCUAAUGCGCUCGUACAGGGCCACGCAGGCCGAGAUGUACCGCCCCGCCAUGGAGCCUCAGGACUACGAGAUGGUGGAGUUCUUCAUCAAGAGGCUCAAGCUGUGGAUGGGACUCAGCAAAACCAAGGAGUUCAGGCACAAAGUGAAGUUUGAGGGGAUGGUGUCACCCCCCUCCAGGUCCUCCCUGGGGUCCCAGCUGUCCGGCCUGUCAGUGCAGAGCCCUGCGGGGCCGCGGCUGACCUCCGCACAGUCCCUGGCCUCUGAGGACUCCAGCCUCUCCGACACCUACGACGUCCAGCUCUACCUGGACCGGCUGCUCCCUGCGGUCAACAGCAUGCUGUCCCAGUUCGACCGGGUCAACCAGCUGACUGACGACCUGCACUGCAUUGAGCUGAAGCUCCAGGGGGCGCAGAGCAGGAUGGCCCAGAAACAGAGGCAACAGGACAACACGCGCAGGAAAGCUUGGAGGAUAUCUGCUUCGACACCCCCUCCUCGCACCUCGCCUCCCUCUUCUCCUCUUCCUCCUCCUUCUCCUCCUCGUGACCUCCUUCCCUCUCUUCCAUCCUUCCUCUCCUGCAACCCGACCAUCCCCUGCACCCGCACCAUGUUGCCCACGCUGCCGUGGCACAGCCCACACCUACGCAAGGCAGCGCAUCCAGCCACGGCAGACUCCAGCGUGCCCGUCCGCAGGGCCUCCGGGACGGACGCCGCGACCAGGCGAGUCCCAGGACGCAGGGCCUGGCACUCAGGCACCUCCCAUUCCGCCGAUGCCACCCAGAGGUCGCCCCAGGCGGCGUGCGGUGCUGUCCGUGCCCGACCCUGGAGCGAGGAGGGGGGAAGGGGCAUGGCCUGCGACCGGGCACCAGUGAAGAGGAGAGCCUGGCAUCCUGAGGGGCCUGAGAUUGCGGCUUCAAGCCCAGGCAGUACUGCCAACCAGUGCUGUGAGUUCUAG